AUGCUUCCAACUCUUGGUCGUUGUGAAGAUCCCGGAUGUAAUGUAUCAUCAUCUCAUGAAUUAGUACGUUUAUUUCGUUGUUCAAUACAUUGUGAUCGUAAUUUAUGUUUAUAUCAUUUAAAUGCACAUAAUGUUUAUUAUGAAGAAGAAAAAAAACAAAAUGAUAUUGUUAUAUGUGAAUUACAAAAAUGUUUAAAUUUAUAUCAAACAAUAUUUGAACAACAAAUUCUUUCAUAUCGUGAUCUUGUUCGUCAAGCAUCAACAAUAUUAUUACAUAAUACAUCAACACUUAUUCCAAUUGAUCAAAUUCAAACCGUUAUAGAUAAAAUUCAAGAAGCUAUUACAGUUUUUCAAGGAGAGAAAAUUAUUAUUAAAUGUGAACCAUUGUUUGAUGGAAAUGAUUGUGAAAAUGAAAAAAAUAAAAUUGGAAAUAAUAAUAUUAAUAAUAAUAAUCAUGUUUCUGUUGAAUCGGAUCAAAAAGUUGUUGUACGAAUACCACGUAUUGAUUGUAGUAAAAAUAAUAUUCAAUCUGAAAAUGAAGUUCCUAUGGAUCAUGAUGACGGUAUAAUUAGAUUUAAAGAUAGUGAACUCGAACAAAACAUUCAAUCUACUCAUGUCGCAAAACAAAUAGUGGAAGGAAUGAAAAAGAAGUCAUUGUCACUGAAACGAAUACAUAAAUGA